AUGAGUGAGCCGACCAAGCCAAAGAGUCCAGCCCAGGCAAGCGGAGUUGAAACCACCGUGUGUCGUGUCCACCCGUUUCGUUCUCCAUGUUUGGGAACCAAAGGUUCUAUCCCAACGGGAAAGGCAUACGGAAUGUUUAGUUGGGAAGGGAUGCCAGAGCAAAGGAAGAACAAACUCGCAGUCUGA